GGGAGUUCUACUUCCAGAGACGAGAACCGGGCCACAGUUCAGGGCGACUCUGCGUAUGACGUCACGAUAUCAUGCUCAUACCAUUUCGCUCCGCGGAGUGCAAAGCCGAGCUUAACCUUCAGUACGCUCUGCUCCGAGCAAAAUACUGAACGCCAUCAAAAGAAGCAAAGAAAAAUUAAAGUUUAUAACCUAAGUUUUUUUAGGCGCGAAAUUUUGCUUUUGCUUGUUUAUGUUUAAAAUGUUUAUUUUUUAGUUUGUUUUUAAAUAAUUUUCUAUAUUUGUGUAUUGUAUAACAAAUGGACACUACAAGAAAAAAUAGACGAUCCAUUAGUACCGUCGACGAAAUUCUCUCCUACGCCAAAGUACUAAAAACCGAUGUAGUACCCACCACCCAAGCAUUAUUUUUCCAAUCAUCGAGCCUACAAAACACUUCUUUCCAAUUUCUCGAAUUAAACGACGAACUACUCAAACUAGUUGAAAACAAUGAGCAACUUACCAUAAAAGGCAACGACGAUGAUGAGGUAGUUAUAUGCUCUGAAACUGCAACAUUUCACGCUAAUCUUGCUGAAACUUCUAAUAGUUUAUUACUUAUAACGCCUGUGAAACAUUUUGAUGAUAUUAAAGAAAAUAAUGAGGAAAAUGUACAAGAAAUUACAGUUGCCGGAGUGUUUCAAGUAUAUUUAGAAGCACACGUUGCGAAAACUUCAAUGAAAAAGCUUUUUUGGCUUCUUGAAAAGUCGAUUUACAAAGGGCCAGAAUGUGAAGAAAAUAUUGACCAAAACAAUUUAUAUACUUUAGAAGAUUUAAAAGGCAUAAUUCAAGUUUCAAAUGCAGAAUUAACAGAAGCUUUGAAUUCUUUGGAAAUUUUUGAAAUUAAUGGCUAUAUAAGGCAAAUAGAGUUUGAAUAUUUAUUUAGAGUUUUAUCUUACAUGGUUCAACUUAUUGAUGAAAACUCGCGGAGUUUAAAUACAAUAGAUUUUCAUGAAACUCUUGAUGCUCUAAAGGAAAUUAUCCCCGAAGAAAUUAUUACGCCUGUUUUCGAAAAAUAUACAGAAAAGUCAAAUAUAAUUGAUGGAAUGCAAAUGUACAAAUACAAGGAAGCCGACGUAUGCAAAUUUUUCGCCAGAGUAAUCUUACGUACAGAGAAAUUCAAUUUUGACGAAUUUAUGCAAGCUUGGAGUGAAUCAGUGCCUGAGGGAAUGAUUACAAGUGAAGAAAUGCUUUAUGGAAUUGCCAUUAUUAAUAAAAAUUCUAAUCCAAAAGUUAUUUGGGCCUUUGAGGAAAAUGAUCUUCCCGAUAAUAUACAGGCUAGAUUGCAGGUGCUUUUCAAAGCUAAAGAAAAGUGGACUGUUCCUGAGAUAUCUCCCUUUAUAAGGGGAUUAGCUACAAACAAACUGGAUGUCAAUGCUUUAUUGGCUAAACACGCUCGAGCCUCAACAGUUGGCGAUUUAAAAUAUUAUUCAGCAAAACAUGCUAAAUGAUCUUACAAUAAUUUGCAGCUGUUGCAGUUAAGUAUUUAAUUUUGUUAAUUUAUUAAAACACAAAUGGAUCACUUUUAUUUUUCAUUACAAAAUGCGCUUAAAAAAGUCUCAUCUCAUAAUAUGAGAUUGUGUCACGCUACUGGCAUUUUCAGUUGUAAUUUUAGAAAAAAAAAAGGUAGAUUCUAAAUGCUUCUCCAGUGUUUGUAAUUUUUUUUCAGUACCUAAUAAUAUAAUUAUCAUCAAGAGAGGGACAAAGUAUAUGCCUAGGUAUCCAGUGGGGACACAUUACUCUUAACGAUAGCUCUAAUGAAAUAAUUUAGAAGGAAAAUUAAGGAGAAACUACUCAUUUACAGGUUGUGCUGCUUUAAUUUUCAAUUUUUAACCUGAAAAAGAUUCAAGUAAAAUAUGUAUCUACCUAUAUUCUCAUUUCUACUCUGUCAUGUCGCAUCCAAAAUGUUAGUUUAUUACCUUAUUUUAUUUGAGUCGAGUGUCUCUUUGUUUCCACCGAAUUAGAAUAAGAAAUGCGCAUAAAUUUGCCAGUCCACAUUUAGAGAGAAAAUAAAACACAAGAAAAUCUAAAAACUCAUAUAAUUUAUUCAAAAUUACAUUACAAUAAAUUACCAUUUUAAAACUCGUUAGGUAUUUGGGUAAUUAGGAACUGGAAACAUGUACAUCCAUUUUCUUUUAAAAUUAUAUCAACAAUAAUUCUAAUCCAUGAGGUAGUGAUACAGAACUACAGUUAUUUUUUUGUCUGAAUAAAUAUUGAUUUAUUGAGAUCAACUUUUAAUUACUAAUUUUUACAUUCCUUUUAUAUACAAAAUUUACAAUAAUUUUUAUCCUAAAAUAAAAUAAUACAACAUAAAUACAAGAAGAAUAUAAAAAAAUAAAACAUCAAACAAAUAAAUAGUAACA